GAGCCGAGCCGCGCACAGUCGUUUCAUCUUUCUUUAUUUUUUCGAGCGUUCCAGGCCGGGCGGGGCGACCGACCGGCCGGCUUGGCUUUGGCUUGGCUUGCUUCGGCUUCAGUCAGUCACUCAGUUUCCAUGGAAGUGCCGGGCUGUCCGUUCCGUCCGGGGCCCUGUUGUGUGUGCUAGGCUACGUUUCGUGGUUGUAGUAGUUCUCCCGCGUCAUGGUGACUGUGCCGACUCUGACGGGAAGCUGGGCGUCGCUGCGUGUGUGUGGGUUACAGCAGCCACGGUGUAGUGAUGGCAGUGCGGCUGCGGCGCCGACCUGUUGCCUGCAGGUCGAGCGGCUUGGCGUCGCGGCCCGCGGCCGGCCUGGCCCAUGGCCUGGCGUCGGCUGCGUCCGCGUCACGUGCUGGCGCCGUGCCGGCGAGGAGCCCGCCUAGUCUUCGCCUCGGACAGCGGACAGCGUGAGCAAGGGCGCAACCGUGUUGAGAAGAGAAGUGCCGAAUGUCAUACCCCUGAGGACUAUGGCGUUAAGCGUCAAACAACCGCUGGAAGAAGUCCACGCAUGACUUUUUCACCUGCUAGCUUCUCACCUACUGUAUCAACUCCAUCAAGUAAUUACAGUACACGGACUAAUGCAGGUCAAACAGUUGCUGAAUGGGGUUCCUUACCACCUGGAGCCACUUGGGCAGCAAGAAGUUCUAUUCCAGAUCUAAAAGUAUGCAACUUCUCUGGUCAUGGCCAAGCACCACUAUCCACCGAUGUAAGAUAUUUGUACGAGAGGCUCACUACAAAAGCUUGUGUUUUGAAUGAUGUGGUCGAAUGGCUUGGAAAAGAAAUAUGUCUUAGACACAAUCUGGAUGAACCUGAUCAUUUGAAAAAACUUCACCCGGAAAGAUUUGUUGGUAUUGGGCAUGUUUGUUGUGAUGCUAAUGGUAAGCUCAACCAUACUGCAGUUCUUCUGGAAGGUGCACGAGGACAUCCAAGCUUUGGCAUAAGUGUUCCCCUUAAGUUAGCAUCUGUUCCGUCAUACGCACUGUUUCCGGGUCAGGUGGUUGCAGUUGAGGGAACAAACCCCACUGGUGAAGUGCUUGUGGCUGAAAAAGUCUACUGUGAUGCUGCUCUUCCUCUGCCAUCCACUCCUUUAAGAUUAUCGACAGCAAAUGGGCCUCUUCAUGUUGUUGUCGCAAGUGGACCAUUCACUCAAAGCGACACUAUGACUUAUCAACCUCUUGAGGACCUUAUAAUGUAUGUUCAACAACACCAGCCUCACAUUUUAAUUCUCAUUGGACCAUUUCUUGAUGCAUUGCAUCCUCAAGUCACUGCAGGCCUUCUAGCUCAGUCCUUCACUGAAAUAUUUGAGAAUAUUGUUGAUACUCUGAUGCGUACCCUUGCAGGAUGCCAUACUGAAGUAAUUUUAGUUCCAUCUUCUCGUGAUGUUCAUCACCAACCUGUGUACCCUACUCCUCCUUAUGUCCUGCGAAAAUCAUAUCCCCGCCUUCAUCUAUUGCCAGACCCAGCGUUACUUGAUAUUAAUGGAAUAGUGUUUGGAAUCACAGCCACUGAUGUUCUGAAACACAUCACCAGAGAAGAAGUUGUCAAUCCACCCCAAGCUCCGGAUCGUUUAGGUCGUUGUGUUUCUCAUCUGAUCAACCAACGGUCCAUGUACCCUCUUUAUCCUCCCCCAGAAGAUUUCAAUGUGGAUAUGGAAAUGUGGGAUGAUCACACUCACCUUCCAGUCACCCCACAUGUUCUUGUUUUACCAUCUGACCUGAGAUAUUUCCUCAAGAACAUCAAUGGUUCCUUUGUUGUUAAUCCAGAUAGACUUGCUAAGGGAUCAGCAGGUGGUACAUUUGCCAGACUGAGUAUUAAACCUGUUCUCGAAGAAGACAGGUCUAUAGCCAAGAGUAUAUGUGCUCAAGUUGUACGAAUCUAAUUAUAAUGUACUUGUGAUAUCUUGAGAUCAAUUGUUCAAUGUUAUUUUGUCUUUCGGAGGCUACUUUUCUUACUUUUGUACCCACCAUUGAUUUGAUAUAUUCCUUGCUCUUGAAAUUGAUUGUUGUUUUCUAGUCUGUUAAUUGUUAAGUUUAUUUGCUUCUUAUGUAUAUGGUGCCAAGUGCACUUGUGGAAGUACUAAAGAUAUCAAGUUUCCAUGUAUACCUUAGCUGGGCACCUGAAUUAAAGAUGUUGAAAUUGUCA